AUGGACUCACUGAUGGAGUCCGAGGGGGAGGCGGGGGAGGCUGGGGGAGGCGGGGAGGCUGGGGAGGCGGGGGAGGCGGGGAUCAUUAGCUCCUCUGGACGCACUUCAACUCGUUUUCAUGAACUUCUCUUCAGUUCUGGUUCGAUGGGAGCGACGGAGGAGCUGCAGGAAGGAAAAGAAGAGGAAGGAGAGGAAGAGGAAGAAGAGGAAGAGGAAGAAGGAGAGGAAGAAGAGGAAGGACAGGAAGAGGAAGAAGAGGAAGGAGAUGAAGGAGAGGAAGAGGAAGAAGAGGAAGAAGAGAAGGAGGAAGAAGAGGAAGGAGAGGAAGAGGAAGGAGAGGAAGAAGAGGAAGGACAGGAAGAGGAAGAAGAGGAAGGAGAUGAAGGAGAGGAAGAGGAAGAAGAGGAAGAAGAGAAAGAAGCAGAGGAAGAAGAGGAAAGAGAGGAAGAGGAAGGAGAGGAAGGAGAGGAAGAGGAAGAAGAGAAAGAAGCAGAGGAAGAAGAGGAAGGAGAUGAAGGAGAGGAAGAGGAAGGAGAGGAAGAAGAGAAGCAGAGGAAGAAGAGGAAGGAGAUGAAGGGAGGAAGAAGAGAAGCAGAGGAAGAAGAGGAAGGAGAGGAAGAGGAAGGAGAGGAAGGAGAGGAAGAGGAAGGAGAGGAAGGAGAGGAAGAUGAAGGAGAGGAAGAUGAAGGAGAGGAAGAGGAAGGAGAGGAAGGAGAGAAAAGAGAAGCAGAGGAAGAAGAGGAAGGAGAGGAAGAGGAAGGAGAGGAAGGAGAGGAAGAGGAAGGA